AUGACUCUGAAUAUCCCAUUUCUUCUUGCCCACAUUUUGGUUCAGCAUCUGUUUGAGAUGGAAGAAAAAUAUGAAACUAGUGUUGUUUGUGACCUGAGAGCUUCACUAUCAACUCUACCGGUUCACACGGAGGCUAAGUGCUCAAUAUUCGUGUUAUUGGCUCCGAAGGGGGGGUUCACGCCAAAUGGUCUUACUUUGGUGCAGACCUUAUUUACAAGAUAUUGA